GCUGUUUGUCACCGUGUGGGCAGGGACAUCGGAGCACCUUUGUAUUUGUCUUUUAUCUGAAGUUGAAACUGCGUAGUGUUCUGUUUAUUCCAGAUACUUGGACAUCGACUCCUGAUAUACGAAUACAUAUAACCGAAUAAACAUUUUUAAAAAUGUCGCAUGCCAUGGACCUGAUGUACCCCGCCUUUGAGGUGGAGGGCCGGAGACACAAGAAGAAGAGACUUGUGCAGAGCCCCAACUCUUACUUUAUGGAUGUCAAAUGCCCAGGCUGCUACAGGAUCACGACCGUGUUCAGCCAUGCCCAGCGGGUGGUACCUUGUGCUGGCUGCUCCUUCAUCCUGUGUCAGCCCAGGGGCGGAAAAUGUCGUCUCACCGAAGGUUGCUCUUUUAGAAGAAAGCCCCGCUGAUCUUUUCCUUAAAAGGAAGCUGAAGAUCAGCCUCUACCCAAUCCUCCCAUCUCUAUCCCCAGUGUGAGACCAGCAGACAGGUGGGCGUAAUCUGGCCAUGCUUAGUAAAAGACAACGGAGAAAAGAACAUCAGGUGUGAAGAAUGGGUUGCCUGGUAGAUAACGCAAUGGUUACUUAUAGCCGGUGGCUCCAUGCCAAAGUUGUGCAAAUAUUUGCUCAAUAGGGCCAGGUUGUCUUUUGCAUGAAGACACAAGAUGGCCCAAAUCUCCCAUGUCCUGUUAUGUUGUCCUCACAUCACUGUAAUUUUAAGCAAUUUUCUGUGUGCUACAUGUAUUGUUCUCACAAUGGUACAACAGCAUGUCUUGUGGAAAUAACCAAUCUUGGCUGGCUGUGCUACUCCAAUUUAUGUAAUCUAUUCCAGCACUAAAUACCUUCAUGUAUGAAUUAGCAACCUCUCUAAAUAAAGAAUCAUAAAGUCCCUCCUAA